UUGAUCAUCACUGAAUACACCGGAGAACUGAAGAAUUACUCAUUCUAUUCUGAUUUCUGAUCGAGAGAGAGAGAAAGAAAGACAAGGGCUUGGAAGGAGACUACGCGGAAAUAAUUCCCACGACACGAGUUCUACCGAGUCCGGGCCCGAAGAAAAAGGGAGGAAGUCGAAACGAAUUUGGGCUUCAUCGAGAAAUUGAAUCGGCAUCUGACUUUCCAGUCGUCCGAGUUACUGGGAUAGGGGGACAUUCAGGUUCGAGAAUCGAAAGUGGAGUGUCUCCGAGCUAAAGCAAGAUUUCGAUUUUGUUCUUUCUUGGGUUGGUGCUUCUUGGCCUGUUGCAACCAUGAGGAUCACUGUAAUGACUUCUGAUGAGCAAAUAAGUUCUUUGGAUGUCGAUCCCAAUGAAACUGUUGAGAACAUAAAAGCAUUGCUGGAGGUGGAGACUCAGGUGCCUCUACAGCAACAACAAUUGUUGUAUAAUGGCAGAGAGAUCAGGAAUGAUGAGAAAUUGAGUGCUCUGGGUGUUAAAGACGAUGAUUUGAUAAUGAUGGUUUCGAAGGCACAAGGCCCCGGUUCACAAGGCACGAGCUCCCGUUCCAAUGUCCCUUUGGAGAAUGCUGCAGCCUUUCAAGAGCAUGUUCGGCGUGAUCCAAAUUUAAUGUCCCAACUGUUUCAGGCUGACCCUGAACUUGCACAACUCGUUCUUGGGAAUGAUCUCAACAGACUGCAGGAGCUGUUGAAGCUACGCCAGAGGCAAAGAUCUGAGUUACACCUUCAGCAAGAGGCUGAACUUGUGAGUAACUUCUGUCUAGCUACACCAUUGUUUCAUUUUGAUGCUCUGCUCGAGGCUGAUCCUUUUGAUGUUGAGGCUCAAAAGAAAAUUGAAGCUGCCAUUCGCCAGAAAGGCAUUGAUGAAAAUUGGGAAGCAGCUCUGGAGUACAAUCCUGAAGCUUUUGCUAGGGUGAUUAUGCUGUACGUGGAUAUGGAGGUCAAUGGUGUUCCUCUGAAGGCAUUUGUUGAUAGUGGCGCUCAAUCAACAAUAAUAUCGAAAAGCUGUGCUGAAAAAUGUGGAUUGCUGAGGCUUUUAGAUCAGCGCUACAAAGGCAUUGCUCAUGGUGUUGGUCAGUCAGAGAUAUUGGGCCGAAUACAUGUAGCUCCAAUCAAGAUCGGUAAUAUAUUCUAUCCUUGCUCCUUCAUGGUGCUGGAUUCUCCCAACAUGGAAUUUCUCUUUGGGCUUGACAUGCUCCGCAAGCACCAGUGCAUUAUAGAUUUAAAGGAGAAUGUUCUACGGUUAGGCGGUGGCGAAGUUUCAGUACCAUUUUUGCAAGAGAAAGACAUCCCAUCUCGUUUCUUGGACGAGGAAAGAUACUCCAAAGAAGCAUCUAGCUCUGGAAACCCGGCUGUACAAGCAGCAUCAAACAAGAAGAGUGAUGCUCCAGUAGUAGGAUCAUCAUCAUCAUCUGGACCUGCUAGCGGCAAUGUGAUGCAGGGCCCUGAUUUUGAGGCCAAAGUUGCGAAACUCGUGGAACUUGGGUUUGGUAGAGAAGCUGUGAUACAAGCUCUUCAACUGUUUGGAGGGAAUGAAGAACAAGCUGCUGGAUUCCUCUUUGGUGGCUAAAGGAAAAAAGGGAACAGAAUGGAUGUGUGGUUCUCUUUGAAAUUUUAGGCAGUGCAAAAUUGACAGGUUGACCAUGACAUUGUAACCCUCUGUUCUAUAUUGUUGGAAAUUUAAUGGGAUUUUCUGUUGGAUUCAUUUUGGUGGCUAAAGAAGCCCCUGUUGGGAAAAAACAAGGAACGGAGUGGAUGUGUGGUUCUCUUUGAAAUUUACGAAUUGCAAAAUUGACAGGUGACCAUGACAUUUUAUCCCUUCGGGCUACACUACAUUGUUGGACGUUUCAUGAGAUUUUCAAUUGUUGUCUUUUUGAAUUGCAGGCGAUGCACUGGCGUUUUGCCCGGCCUGUUAGCGGGAUGAUGUCUUAUCUUUCAUAUUAGUUAAUUUAUCCUUGUACUCAGAACUAUAUUCGAUCUUCAAAAUCACAUAUAUAUAUUGAUGAAUGGCAGCUUUAACUUUGAUGAAUCAUAAUUGUCGGUUAUUUUUUAGUAAAUUGAUUUUUGACUUUGAGUUUA